CGGUUCCAUCAUCGAUGAUGACUCAAGUACACAAAUCAUGAAUCAUCAGUGAAGUCGUAGCUAUUAUCAAGGGCCAAUCUGACCACUCCACGCUGCCCACGUUGGUCCGCUAGCAGUUUCUAUCAUUCAACUUUUCAUUCGACAAAUUGUGCGUCUGCUGGAUCGUUAGCCUAAUUCAACACGCGUCUAUUUGCCUGCAAACACACUCCUCGCUCAGUCAAACUUGUAAACACUUUGUGAAAGAUGGCUGACAACGGAGCACACCCGACAGACGAGGACCCGGCCGCCGAGUUCCUGGCCCAGCAGGAGAACGAGAUAGCGGGGAUAGAGAACGACGUGGAAUGCUUCGAGGAGCUGAACGGAGACGACGGCCAGGAGCCCCCGCAGCAACCGGCGAGCAACUACGAUCCUUUUGCAGAGGAGCCCGCCACAGUGAACGGGGAUCUUUUUCAGGAGUCCAACGGCCCCACGGAUAACUAUGCAGCCAUCGCGCAAGUCGAUAUUCAGAGGCAAGAGCCGGAAAGUCUGCGCAAGUGGAGGGAGGAGCAGAAGGAACGCCUUGAGGCGUUAGACUCGGCAUCCAAGGCAGCCGAGGCCGAGUUGAGAGAGAAGGCCAAAAAGGAGCUGGAAGACUGGCAUGUACACCAGACCGAGCAGAUGGAGAAGAACAAGGCCAACAACAGGAUUGCUGACAAGGCUUUCUACAAACAGCCCAGUGCUGAUCUUGUAGGCUUUGUAUCGUCCGAGGAGUCCUUCCUGUCCGAGGGCGACAGCGACAGUCCCGGAACGGCGUGGGAGCGAGUAGCUCACCUGUGCGACUUCAAUCCAAAAACCAACAAGCAGGCGAAGGACGUGUCUCGAAUGCGCUCUGUCCUCAUCUCGCUCAAACAGACCCCUCUAGUCCGCUAGGUUGGAAAACUAACUUCACUUCACACUACCUUUGCCUUUUCACUUGUCGCCACACCUCACAUUCCUUUGUGAUCCUCUUUCCAACACACAAAAAUACUCCUAAUUAAUAUAUAUAUAUAUAUAUAUAUAUAUAUAAAUCCCAAUUUACUUGAUGCCUACUUUAUUAGAAUAAUGCUCACGCUUGUGGGAAAAUGAGACUAUUGUAUCAUUACCGAAGAAAAUAUUGUUACUGCAAGUUAACCAUUUGUUACCCUUUUUAAAUUAUGAAUUUUUAGGUCAAUUUUAAUGCAUGCCUUUGCCAAGAUUUUGAAUGUUUCUAUUUUGGUUUUCCUUACUAGCUUUUUUUUUUUUUUUGUAAGAGCAUGACUUGCUUCCUUAGCACAAUGCAGUGUAGAUUGUAACCACUUAUGCCUCUCAAUAAGGUAGAAACACUUAACUUUGGAAUUGGCAGAUUUAAGGUUAAUAUCUUCUAGAGAUUAAAACGUACUCAAUUUGGAAUAUUCAAACAAGCAAAAAUGGCACACAAAUAUUUUUGCUCGUAAGUCUAAAUUUCCGAUUAAAGAGCGUGUUUUUCAUGUCAUCUAUCUUUUAUAAGGUGCCAUCAACUGUGCGAAUUUUCACAUGUUGCCUAUUUGGAUAUGAUAAUAAUAAUCGAGGAAAGUGAAUGUUAAAAGGGAAUUGGUCAAUAAUAAAAAAUGGACAGUA